AUGCCUCCUGGAAGUGAGGAGACCACAACAGGAGAUCCUGUAAAAGACGAUGAUCUGGAGUUUCCGUACUUGUACGAUAGUCCAAGUUGCGAGGCACGGGAUUUUGCCGAUCUUCUUGCGGAUGGAGCGGAGGAAUUAUAUGCCGGCUGCUCGAAAUACUCAAAGUUGUCUUUCCUAGUGAAGCUUUAUCACAUUAAGUGUAUGUGUGGUGUGAGUGACAAGGCUAUGACUUUGAUUUUGGACUUAUUGCGAGAUGCAUUUGAGCAAGCCAAACUCCCGUCCACUUUGUAUGAAGCCAAGAAAACUAUCCGAAAGUUGGGGAUUGAAUACAAAAAGAUAGAUGCAUGCCCGAAUGAUUGCAUGUUGUAUCGGGGUGAUGAUGAGAACGCGACCAAAUGCAAGCAGUGUGGGACUUCACGAUGGAAGCAAAAGACGCGAAAGGGUUCCGUUACGAAACUCAAAAUACCUGUCAGAAAAAAUGGAAAGCCUCUCCCAGCGAAGACUCUCCGUUACUUUCCUCUUAUACCACGACUGCAACGAUUAUUCAUGUGUAGCAAAACUUCAUCUGACAUGUUAUGGCAUAAAGAGGCAGAUAAUAAUGAUGGUGUUCGUUUAGCUUUAGCUAGUGACGGAUUUAAUCCUUUCGGAAAUAUGACUACGAAGUAUUCCAUUUGGCAUGUGAUUCUUAUUCCGUACAAUCUUCCUCCCUGGCUAUGCAUGAAACAGGUAUCUUUUAUACUAUCUAUGAUUAUUUCCGGUCCUAAAAUGCUGGGUAACGACAUUAAUGUUUAUUUGAAGUCCUUGGUGGAUGAGUUGAAGCAACUCUGGGAUGGCGUUGAAACUUAUGAUGCUAAUAAGGAGACCACUUUCAAGAUGCGUGCGGCGUUAAUGUGGACUAUUAGUGAUUUUUCAGGGUUGGGAAAUUUAUCUGGGUGGAACACGUACAGUGGGUUAGCAUGUCCCACGUGUAACAUAGACGCUAAGGCUCAGCGACUAACAUUCAAUCGAAAAUGGUGUUACACGGGCCAUCGCCGCUUCUUGAAUCAGGGCCAUAAAUAUAGACUAGACCGGAGUAGAUUUGACGGACAAGUUGAAAGCAGAGAUCCACCGAAGAAGUAUUCUGGAACAGAUGUCUUAAGGCAGCAGUGUAACAUGCAACUAUCGUUUGGGAAGAACUCAACUUUGACAGCUAAAAGAAGACGCAUUGGUGAAGAUGCAGACCAAGAUGACUCGUAUUGGAAGAAGAGGAGUGUGUUCUUUGAACUCUCGUACUCGAAGGAUCACAUGUUGCGUCAUAACCUUGACGUGAUGCAUAUAGAGAAAAAUAUUUGUGACAAUGUGGUCUUCACUAUCUUAAAGGAUAGCGUCAAAUCAAAAGAUAAUCUUAAAGCCCGCAAAGAUUUACAAAGCAUGGGCAUAAGGCCUGAAUGA